UAACAGCCACCACAUUGAAACCGUCCAUCAAACCCUCCCUCUCUCUCUCUGUUCUAUCGCUAAUCGCCCAUAAAAUCCGCCACCUUAACAGCCACCAUCAAAACCCAUAUAACCGACACUGUCCAUCAAACCUAUAUAACCGAAAUCGCCCAUCAAACCCACCACCAUAAUAGCGACCAUCAAACCCAUAUCACCGACCAGCCAGACCCAUCAAUACAUCACCACUAUCGCCUGCCCAAACAUCCUCUUCCCUACUGCUUGGUCCCGCCUGUGUGGUGUUUUUGUGUGAAGAGAGAUAGAGAAAGAGAGAGAGAGAGUGGAAGAAUUUGCCAGUUGGUGGAGUUGGCGGUUGUGACUUCGGUGGGUUGGGCAAAGAGAAGAUAGUGGUGGUUGAAGUUUCGUGGGUGGUGUGGUAGCGAACACAGGGUGGUGGAGGUUUUUUUUGCUGUGAAGUCAAAAAUUUUUUGGGUUUUGCAGAUAUUUAGUGGUUUAGGAUGGAAAUUUCAGGGGUAGUUUAGGAAUUUUGUUACAAGAAUAUGUCGAAUUCAUUGUGAUUUAACGGUGCUGUGGACGAACUUUAACACCAGGGGGCUAUUUGUUACAUCAUAUCAAACUUCAGGGGGUGGCGGUGUUAUAUUUUAUACUUGAGGGGGUCUGUCUGUAUUAGUGACAAAUCUCAGGUGGUGUUAAUGUAAUUUACCCUAAAUAAAAUUUGCAACCCCUCCAUUCUUUCGCCGUUCUCGUCAAGUGAAACUCUCUGAUACUCCCUUCAAUGCCAGAUGAGUGGAACAGUUGAUGGCGAAUGCGUCCACACGAAAGAAACUUAACAGGCGAUCAUACCUCAGGCCCCAACAACACCUUCUUCCAUGUCCUCUUCUUCUUCUCCCUCGUCGUCUCGUUUCAUUUACAGAAAGAUCUCUCUAAUCCUUCCCGUCAUGCUUAUGGUAUGCGUGAUCGGUCUCCUAAGCAUUUCAUCGAACAUGUGGGUCAAUUUCGGAAUCGAAAUCAGUUCGAACCAGCUUUACUCCAUCGAAGUAGUCAACGAGUUUCCUCACGAUCCCGACGCCUUCACACAGGGGCUUUUAUAUGGAGGAAACGAUACUCUAUUCGAGUCUACUGGACUUUACAAGCAUUCAUCGGUUCGGAAAGUGGAUCUUCAGACUGGGAAGGUUGUGGCUCUUCAGAAAAUGGAUAACUUUUAUUUUGGGGAGGGCUUAACUCUUCUUGGUGAAAGGUUGUUUCAAGUAACUUGGUUGGAGAAAACUGGUUUCAUAUAUGACCGAAAUAAUUUAAGCAAAUUUGAGAAGUUUAGUCAUGAGAUGCAAGAUGGUUGGGGACUGGCAACUAAUGGGAAAGUUCUCUUUGGAAGCGAUGGAACUUCGACAUUGUAUCAGAUUGAUCCUUCGACAUUGAAAGUCAUAAUAAAGCAAACUGUAAGGUAUAGAGGUCAUGAAGUACAUAACCUCAAUGAACUAGAGUAUGUAUAUGAGGAAGUUUGGGCAAACGUUUGGCAGACGGACUGCAUAGCUAGAAUCUCACAUAAAGAUGGUAUUGUGCUCGGAUGGAUUCUCCUUCGCAAUUUAAGGGAUGGGUUGAUAGCAGCUGGGAAAAGAAAUAUUGAUGUUUUAAACGGCAUAGCAUGGGAUAAAGAUAAGAACCGCCUUUUUGUAACUGGAAAACUUUGGCCAAAGCUAUACGAGAUCAAGCUGCACCCAAUGAGGAAACCACUUCAUGGAGACAUUGAGAAAGUUUGCAUGCCACUGCCUGUACACUUUGCAAAACCUUGAGCAGUUAUUACAGGAGAAAUUGGACAUCUUAGAGACUUACAAUACAGAGCUGGUUGAAAUGAACAUUAGUAGAAUACCAAUCUCGUGUUGGUAAAAAAAUUUCGGUGUAAAUCACUCUUUUCUGUCCAAUUUGUUGUUUUUGUCAUGUUAUUGAGCUGCCCAUACGAGCAUUUGUAUGUUCAGUGAUUUACAGAAGGAUUAAAAUAUGGUUUCGAAAUGGUUGAAACAUCUGAAAUGUUUUCGUUUUUGAAAAGACCGAAACGAAUCAGUGAUGUAAUACUUCAAAGUGUUUCAUAAUAUUUUGAGAUGUUUUAU